AUGUUCCAGCUAGGCCAUAGUCUCGGGCAUGAGAAGUACAUGCUGGACACGUGGGCGGUCGACGUAGCGCGCCAUGUGCUCACGAAAGACCUGGAGACUUUCAUUAAGCCUUUUCAAGAGGAGAUACAGCAUGCGACCGACUUGCUGCUCGGUGCGGACACGGAGAACUGGAAAACAGUCGACCUGCUUGAUACGAUGCGAACGAUUAUCAACCGGGCCGGCUGCCGAUUUGUCGUUGGGAAACAUCUGUGCCGUGAUGAGGAGUAUCUUGCCGCCGCUGUUAGUUCCCUUGAAAGUAUCGUCAUGAACGCCGGGGUGACUGGGCUUAUGCCGCCUUUCCUGCGACCAUUGUUUGGUCGCUUGGCCUGCUGGAACACGAAGAAUGAGCUCAAGAACCUCGAAGCGCUCUGUAGCACCUGUUGGCAAGUACGACCCUCGCACUUGGAAGGCUACUUUAGUUAUCCCCUCUGGGGCAUGUAG